CCCAUCGUUCGGCCACGGUUUUGCUCCUGGAUCUGGAUGCGAGCGUCAUUUCAAUGAUUCCACACUGUGGCCAGUGUCUGUGUUGUGUUAACUUCAUGGGAUAGACUAUGCUGCGUCUUGGCAGUAGAAUCUUUAGCUGCUGCUAGUCUGGUUGAUCGAAAAAUGUAGUCAUUCUGUGCUGUGUUUAGUUUAUUGUUCUGGUCCUAGACGCAGACCAGCAAUUCUGUGAGAAGAUGUUGAGCCGAAUAAUGAGUGGCAGCAUCAGGAAUCUGGAUAGAGAAUAUGACUGCACCGUCAGACUCCUGGAUGAUACGGAAUACACAUGCACAAUUCAGCGGGAUGCUAAAGGACAGUAUCUAUUCGACCUCAUCUGCCACCACCUGAAUCUGCUGGAGAAGGACUACUUUGGCAUCAGAUAUGUGGACCCAGACAAGCAGCGGCAUUGGUUGGAGGUCACAAAGUGUAUUGCCAAGCAGAUGAAAUCCCAGCCUCCAUUCACCAUGUGUCUCAGAGUCAAGUUUUACCCCCCUGACCCCGCUGCUCUCAAAGAGGAAAUCACCAGAUAUUUAGUCUUCCUGCAGAUCAAGAGAGAUCUGUAUCAUGGCCGCCUCCUGUGUAAGACGACGGAUGCUGCCAUGCUGGCUGCCUUCAUCCUGCAAGCUGAGAUUGGGGACUAUGACCCUGGGAAGCAUCCUGAAGGAUACAGUUCUAAAUUCCAGUUCUUCCCUAAACAUUCAGAGAAGCUGGAGCGACGAAUCUCAGACAUACACAAGACAGAACUGAUUGGCCAGACACCUGACACAUCAGAGCUGAAUUUUCUCCAGAAAGCCCAGAUGCUGGAGACAUAUGGUGUGGAUCCUCAUCCAUGCAAGGAUGUGUCUGGAAAUCCAGCCUUUCUUGCCUUCACCCCAUUCGGAUUUGUCGUGCUUCAGGGAAACAAGAGGGUUCAUUUUCUCAAGUGGAACGAGGUGACCAAACUGAAGUUCGAGGGAAAGAUAUUCCAUAUAUAUGCAAAUCAGAAGGAGGACAAAAAGAUCAUCUUGACGUACUUUGCACCAACACCUGAGGCCUGCAAGCACCUGUGGAAAUGUGGAGUGGAGAACCAAGCCUUCUACAAGCUGGAGAAGUCGAGUCAGGUGAGGACAGUAUCCAGCAGCAACUUGUUCUUCAAGGGGAGUCGUUUCCGCUACAGUGGACGAGUGGCGAAAGAAGUGAUGGAGCAGAGUGCCAAAAUCAAACGAGAGCCUCCAGAAAUACACAGGGCUGGCCUGGUUCCCAGUAGAAGCUGUCCGUCCAUCACUCACGGGCCGCGCCUCACCAGUGUUCCACGCACCCGCCGGAGAGCCGUCCACAUUUCCAUCAUGGAGGGUCUGGAGUCGUUGCGUGACAGUGCCCACUCUACACCUGUGCGCUCUGUGUCCCAUGGGGACUCCUUCAUGCCGCGCUCCCGCAGCCUAGCCAGGGACGCCAGCGAGGGCUCGGCGGUGAUCUCUGACGAGGCCUACAGCCCCUCUGACAGCAUGCUGCCUACCCCUGUGGCAGAGCACAGCCUGGAGUUGACCGUGGCACGCCAGGUCAACGGAGCCCCCUGCAGCAUCAAGGAGGAGAAGGAGUCGGAGGCAGGCACCCCCUCGUUGGGGGAUGCUGGCGACUUGUCAGACAGUAGAGCGACGGUUGAGGGUGCAGAGGGAGCCUCGCCGCUCAGCGAAGUGGAACAGGUGAAUACGUUUGUUUUAAGUGUCCUCCGUUUGCUUCUUGUGACCAUUGGACUCCUCUUUGUCUUGCUCUUCCUCCUCAUCGUCCUCACUGAAUCCGACCUUGACGUUGCAUUUUUACGUGAUAUCCGCCAGACCCCCGAAUUUGAGCAGUUCCAUUACGAAUACUUUUGUCCCCUCAGGCAGUGGUUUGCCUGCAAGCUCCGCUGGGCGGGCAGUUUGCUCAUUAACAAAUGAGAGAGAGCAUGAGGCCGUAGAGUGCGUAAGCCCAGACGAUUAAAGCUCCGGAGAGAUGGAGGGCAGUCCCUUUCCAACCAUGAACCCAGCUUCUCUCAUGAUACUCCUGGAAUCACUGUGCCAGGAGUUUCUCUCUCUCCCUCCAUUUUGAGUUACUCCCCCCUUUUUCCCCUUUGUUUUUUACAAACCCAGAAGACAUGUUUUUUUUUUUUUUGAAUUUCAGGUCAUUUCAGGUAUUUUAUUUUUUCAAAAAAUAUAAAUGAAAAAAUAAGAAACUGAAAUUAAAGAACUGAAGUAUUUUUUAACAGGAACAAGACAUUUUGUUGCAACGAAUGAAUGAAUGUUGCCUACAUUUACUAUGUAUUGUUUGGAAAAUAAAUUGCAUUUGCAUAGGGGAAGAAUGUGAUGCAAGGAUAUCAGGGAAGCCACCAAGUCAUCGAAAUGGUUCAGAAUGAAGUGAAAUGAAUACAGCUUUGAAAAGUGUUCAGUGAAGUAGACAGUCAUGCCUUUUAAGAUGAAGAAACAUCCAUCCCAAGCCAUACAUCUAGAAUGGUUUUCAUUGAUCAGAACAAAGCGCAAGUGAUUGAAAUUGAGUAAGUCGGGGAUGAUUACCAAAUGCCUUUUAUGAAGAAAAAAGUAUAUGAUAUGAAGAACGUUUUAAAUUCGAAUUGUUUUAAAGUUAUACUUUAGUGGAAAUACAAUAGGUGUAUAAAGUAGAAGCUGUGAAGUUGAAAUCCAUUUGAAGUUUUUAUAAAGGAUACAGUUAAAUUAACCAGUGACCAUGGUGUUAUGUGACCCCAUAGUGUCAGUAACUGUUGAUGAUCAACAUCUUGGAAACACUCACUAGCACCAAUAGGACCAGUCUAGGUAGAUGUGCAAUACUCUUUAGGUUAAAUACUCCAGUACUUUUGAAUGUGUGCAUUUGUUUUGUCAUAUUUCUUCAUUUUGUUUUAUGUACAUUUCUUGAUUAUGUUAAGAUCUGUUGAAAUGUAUGAUUUCUUUCAGUUCCAUAUCAACCUUGCUCUUCAUUUUUGCGUAUAUUAUACUGUAAUUAAUUGUUAGUAUAAGAAUAACAAUGAUGUACUUUUUGUACAAAGUAGUUUGUUUCCUAUUGACAGUUUUUCCAUGUAUAUUUUUAACAGAACUGAAAUGAUAUUUUGUUAUUGAAGAUGAAAUUAUAAUUUUUUUUAGCUCUGUGUUUCAAGUGAGGUCUGGCAUUUAUGGACAUAUAUGAGAAGGGGUUGACUCAAAAACUGGGCUUUUAUCCAGAUCCACUCCGUAUAGAUCACAACUCUCUCACUCCACCAGCAUGCAUACUUUUUAGUUGUCAAGAGAGCUAUUUAAAAUGCCCACUGUAGGCCAGGAAGGCACAACAGAUGGUGGAGGAACAUAUAUACAUAUUGUCAAAAGUAGACUGGACUACAAUACCAACAGAAAACAUAGUACUCCAAAGACAAUGCAGAUUGGUCAGUCGUUUUCCACGUUUUGAGAGGUGUCUGUGCAGACUAUUCUGUCUCAUAGCUCAAGGGAGCAGUAAUUCUGCUGUCAUGGCUGAUAUUGGGUCAAAUCUGUUUUUGUGGGGUUUCAUCUCUACCUCCUCUACUGUACCUGGUCCAGGUGUGUGUGUUGUGUGUUUGUAUGUAGGAAUGUAACACACUUCAAGCUGAUAAUGUGAAGUGUUGACAGAUAAAAAAUAUGGUCUUAUUUUUUUUAAAGUGAGAGAAAACGAUACAGAAAGAUAUUGACAGAAAGAGAUUGAAUGAGAAAAGGUAGAGGUUCAAGGGAUGUGAAAAUAAAUGAGCACUGAUGAGUCGACCAGCCUCACAUGCCACGAGGCCGGUACGAGUAUAAUCAAAGGGGAAUGCAUAUGUGACCAUUUGGUGCUCAUGACUAUUGGCUGCAGCCAUUCUUGUUUUGGCCUGUUAUUUAACACCAUGACCUCCACAGAGUUGCUCCAUGCUCUGAUCCCCCAGCGGUGCUGUUGCCUGCUCUGCCCUGGGGAGCCCAGCCUGGGCCCAUGUAUCCAGAGCACUGCAUCCCCUGGCCCUGAGUGUAGUCUGUCCCCCAACAGGACCCUGCUAGUUGAAGUAGACCCGGCAAGGAAGACACUGCAGCAUAUACUAGUCAAUGCUACGGCUGGGUGUCUACUGUGGUCCUAGACAUUUCAGUUCUUAACCCUCCAUCAACAGUGUGGGGCCCAGACAUCUGCUGUGUGAAAUACCCAUGUUUAUGGCAGAGGUGUGCUAAAAGCAGCCCUUAGUAGCAAAUCUGGUGCAGUAACAGUUACGUACCAUAGAAAGGCAGAAAUUCCUGAGUCAAAUAUGCAUGCUCCUUAUGCUCGUGUAUCAUGCAUGCACUUCCAAUGAACAGCACACAAAGAUAGAGGAUGACUUGAAAGGUUGAAUUUGUCUGUACCUGGAUGGGGAGUGUUGAUCCAGUAUGCAAGAUAACAGUACUUUUUUGUUAUUUUAUACAUUCAUAUUUCCUAUUUAUAACUUGCCUAAUGCUAAAUACUGUAAAUGUCAACAAGACAGUUCCAGACAGUCUGUUAGUGUUACUUCUUAAAGGUCAGGGAACUGGAAGAGAAAAAAGGUCAAUUGAUGGUCUAUGUUCGUACACAUUAUCAGCAUUAUGCAGCUUUAAUGUUCUUUCCAAGCAUGCAACAAUUAAGGCAGCAUCAUUCAAUAAGCAAUAAUCAGUCAAAUUGUAAGAGCAAAUGGACAUAGAAAUGUAAACAGAAGUCUUACACUGGACAUUGUGCUGUUUUUUUGCAGUGUCAAAAAUCAGUUGACUGUCAUUGUAUACUACAUGGUCAAAAGUAUGUGGACAUCCCUUCAAAUGAGUGGAUAUGGCUAUUUCAGCCAUAUCCCUUCAAAUGAGUGGAUAUGGCUAUUUCAGCCACACCUGUUGCUGACAGGUGUGUAACAUUGAGCACAUAGCCAUGCAAUUUAUUGUGAAGUGGAAACGUCUAGGAGUAACAACGGCUCAGCUGCGAAGUGGAAGGCAAGCUCACAGAACAGGACAGCCGAGUGCUGAAGCGCGUAGCGCCUAAAAAUCGUUUGUCCUUGGUUGCAACACUCACUACUGAGUUCGGCACCAUUGGACUCUGGAGCAGUGGGAAUGCAUUCUCUGGAGUGAUGAAUCACACUUCACCAUCUGGCAGUCCGACAGACUAAUCUGGGUUUAGCAGAUGCCAGGAGAACACUACCUGCCCCAAUGCAUAAUCCCAACUGUAAAUUUUGGUGGAUGAUAAAUAAUGGUUCGGGGUAGGCCCCUUAUUUCCAUUGAAGGGAAAUCUUAACACUAUGGCAUACAAUGAUGUUCUAGAUGAUUCUGUGCUUCCAACUUUGUGGCAACAGAUUGGGGAAGGUCCUUUCCUGUUUCAGCAUGACAAUUCCCCCGUGCACAAAGCGAGGUCCAUACAGAAACGGUUAGUAGAGAUCUGUGUAGAACAACUUGACUGGCCUGUACAGAUCCCCAACCUCAACCCCAUCGAACACCUUUGGGAUGAAUUGGAACGGCGACUGCGAGCCAGGCCUAAUCGCCCAAAAUCAGUGCCCGACUUCACUAAUGCUGUUGUGGCUGAAAGGAAGUCCCUGUAGCAAUGUUCCAACAUCUAGUGGACCAACUCCAGAAUGAGAUGUUCACAUACUUUUGUCAUGUAGUGUAAUUACAUUACCAACAAAUUAGAGCUCAUGGUACGCGCCUUUUCCUUUUUCAUAAAACACAGUAAUAAUGUAAAAUGAAGAGUUAUUAUUCUUAGUAUGUACCAUAUUUUAUAGAUGUUUUUUUCCUUCCAUUGUUAAAGCUCUUAUUGGGAUGUUGGAAUUCAUUGUGACCGAAGGGUCUUUCCCGUGCCUGGAAUCUUUAGUCCCUAACAGCUCUGCAUUUUUAACAAAGGGGCAAAUGAGUGAAUGGACAGAGACAGAUGCAGAGUACCCUCCUCAUAAUGUAUGGACUACCCUUUAAUCUCACAGGCUUAAAUGGAAAACACUGUUUACUAUGUAGCUGUUGUUAAUGUAGGGUGGUGGUUACUGAUCCCAUGUGAUGUAUGGUCGGCACUUACGGCAGAGUGAGUCAUUUGUGUAUCUGAGGGAAAGUUAUGUAGUUCUAUAUCCGUCUGAAUCUGUACAGGCACGUUGCCUCUGAAAAACCUUGAAUCUGUACAGUACAUUUGAUCUGGUGAUGUCAUGUUUACAUUAGUUUCUUUGAUCUCUCCUGGGAACUGGCUGUAGUACUUGUUUGUCUGGUAGAUGUUUCAGACUCUUGCUGGUAGUGUGUAAAACAAUAGGGGAUUUCUGUUAUCUUUGGACAACUGCCCUGGUUUACAUAUAGUAUGUUAGAAAUCAUUAUGGAAACCACAGACUAAUAAAUAACAUUGAUUGGCCAUUACUCUGAUUAAAGGAGGUACAAGAUAUUCUACAUGACAGUUUGCCAAUGACAUGAAGAUGAAAUAGUAGUCAAGUGAAAAGUACAGCUUGAAAAUUAACAUGCCAGCAGAUGAGCUAGUUUAACUGCAAAAGGUAAAUGGCAUUGAGCGGUCUUUUCCUGAAGGUCCCCUUUACUCCCACAGUAAUGCUACUUAACAAGUAUAGGGCAGACAGAGCUACAGCUAUAGAGCUGAGGGAGUUAAUAGAACCAGUCAUUAUUAUGUCACCUUGUUGUAAUAUGCUUCCACCCCAUCGCCAGCUCCCAAGCAAACACUCACACAGCUGUGCAUAUACAUGUAAAUAAGUGUAUAUGCACAGCUGUGCAUAUACAUGUAAAUAAGUGUAUAUGCAUACGUGUCUGUAGACGUGUCUUAUGUAUCUUUCUCUCUCCAAUGAAGGUUGCUGUUUAUUUACGUAAUAUGAAUAUACAAAUGUGCCAAAUCCAGUUCAGAUCCAUUCUGAAUCCCAUGUUUAUACUGUAGAAAACCUUCUGUACAAAACAGUAUACAAUAUUGUUUCUCUCUGAUAGUCCCUUGUAACUGGUGCCAUUAAACUAUUCAAAUUUGAAAUAAACAUUGAAUAAACAUUUAAAAA